AUCAUUAUAAUACCACUCUUAUUUCAGCAUCAAGCAGUAGGGAAAUAUAAACAUAUAGCAUUAAUUUUUAGUUUUCGAAGUGUCACACUCCCAGGCAUCAUGUCCCGUUCUGCACAUUCUAAGACCCGGCCAGAAAAAUCGCGUACUCCAUCAUCUCCUACCCCUCAUGCAGCGGCCAUUGCCCCACCACCUGAUAUUGUCCCUGGACGCUUGACAGAACUUGACUGGGCCACCAUGGUAGCCAAAGAAGAGGGAGAAGAAGUGGUAUAUGCAGUUAUAGAAGAGCUGAUGAGCCGGGUGAUGGAGGAGAGUCUACAUCUUUAUGUAAAGAAAGAGCUGAUACCGUACACAGUGUCCAAAGUAUAUGAAAGAAUGCUUCAAGUUGUCCAGUGGCGCUUCAUGGAGCCGGAUAAAGGAGAGGAAGUGGUGGACAACCCUACCUGGCAGGAAGAUGAAGAGCCAAAGCCAUGUCGCAUAGAUUCUUGGGCUAGUGGUGCAGUGCCCGUGGUUUACUCCCACCAGAAACAGUGUCUUCAGGUACUCUGUCUGUGGUGAAGAAGCCAGUUGCUAUGCAUCU